GCUGAGGAUGCUCCUGAGGACUGCUAUGACAUCAAUCUUGAAAAUCACUGAUUCGGACAUUGUACUCGAGAACGAACAGCUAUCGCCUAUGAGGCUUGUGCAGUAAUAGAUAAGUUUUGUGGAAGACUGCAGUGUACCAACGUGACCCAUCUUCCCCGGCUGCAGGAACAUGUUUCAUUCCAUCACUCAGUGAGAGGAAGGUUUCAGUGUUUUGGAUUGGAUGAACACCGUGCAACAGGCACAACUGAUGUUGGACAUGUGAUAGACGGCACUCCUUGUGCUGAUGGAAUCUUCUGUAAUAACAGCCAGUGCAAUGCAACUAUCACUUCACUGGGCUAUGACUGUCACCCUGAGAAGUGCAGUCAUAGAGGGGUCUGCAACAACAGAAGGAACUGCCAUUGCCAUAUAGGCUGGGAUCCUCCACUGUGCCUAAGAAGAGGUGCUGGUGGGAGUGUCGACAGCGGGCCACCUCCAAGAAGAACACGUUUGGUCAAACAAAGCCAGCAGUCCGUGCUGUAUCUGAGAGUGGUCUUUGGUCGUAUUUACACCUUCGUAAUUGCACUGCUCUUUGGGAUGGCCACAAAUGCACGAAUUCUCAGGACCACCACAGUUGAGAAAGUGACAGUUACUGACCCCGAAUAAGACUAAGUCAGCCUCCCAACCCCGGUAAAGAUACAGAGAAUAUAACAGCAAAAUCUGUGGAACAGGAUCACUGAGGGAGAUGCCAAAGCUCAAGUCCACACUUCUUGAAGUCCGCAGGAGGCACAGGGUCCUGUCUCACAUCAUGGGGAAAUGGGAGGCGUUGGCUUCUGUCUCAGGUUCUUGUAGUUCACUGAUGCUCACUCUGAAAUAAAUCUUCAAGAACAC